UCUUCGCGGCACCCCGUCGUCGCGUCGCGCUCGGCCCGUCGUGCACCGCGCGGGUCAGUCGGCGGCCGGACCGGGAAGAUGGAUGCGGCCACUCUGACCUAUGACACCCUCCGGUUUGCUGAGUUUGAGGAUUUCCCUGAGACGUCGGAGCCUGUGUGGAUACUGGGGAGAAAGUACAGCCUUUUCACAGAGAAGAACGAGAUCCUGUCUGAUGUGGCAUCGAGACUUUGGUUUACCUAUAGGAAAAACUUCCCAGCCAUUGGAGGCACGGGCCCCACUUCAGACACAGGCUGGGGCUGCAUGCUGCGCUGUGGUCAGAUGAUCUUCGCUCAAGCCCUGGUGUGUCGGCACUUGGGUCGAGAUUGGCGGUGGACACAGCGAAAGAGGCAGCCUGACAGCUACUUCAGUGUCCUGCAUGCCUUCAUUGACAGAAAAGACAGCUACUACUCUAUCCACCAGAUAGCGCAAAUGGGUGUUGGCGAAGGCAAGUCGGUUGGCCAGUGGUAUGGGCCUAACACCGUGGCCCAGGUCCUCAAGAAGCUGGCCGUCUUUGACACGUGGAGCUCACUGGCAGUCCACAUAGCUAUGGACAACACCGUGGUGAUGGAGGAGAUCAGAAGGUUGUGCAGGACUGGUCUUCCCUGUGCAGGGGCAGCUGCCCCACCUGCUGGCACUGACUGGCAGUGCAAUGGGUUUCCUGCGGGUGCUGAGGUGACCAGUAGGCCACCGUGGAGACCCCUGGUACUUCUCAUCCCACUACGCCUGGGGCUCACGGACAUCAACGAGGCCUACGUGGAAACUCUGAAGCAUUGUUUCAGGAUGCCCCAGUCUCUAGGAGUGAUUGGAGGGAAGCCCAACAGCGCCCACUACUUCAUUGGCUAUGUGGGAGAGGAGCUUAUCUACCUGGACCCCCACACGACUCAGCCAGCCGUGGAGCUGACAGACAGUUGCAUCAUCCCUGAUGAGAGCUUCCACUGCCAGCACCCUCCAUGCAGGAUGAACAUCGGGGAGCUUGACCCGUCCAUUGCUGUGGGGUUCUUCUGUAAGACUGAGGAUGACUUCGACGACUGGUGCCAACAAGUCAGGAAGCUGUCCUUGCUGGGAGGCGCCCUGCCCAUGUUUGAGUUAGUGGAGCAGCAGCCGGCUCACCUUGCCUGCCCUGAUGUUCUGAACCUGUCCCUAGAAUCUUCUGAUGCGGAGCGACUGGAAAGAUUCUUUGAUUCAGAAGAUGAAGACUUUGAGAUCUUGUCCCUUUGAGAAUCCUCUGGUCACUGGAUGCCGAGUGUUGGCUCUGCUGGAGCACCGUCCGCCUGCCCACCUGUGCCCUGGGAAGCACGUGCCUGCCAGAGGAGCUGUCAGAGGUCCCUGCUCCACCUGGCUGUUCUCGUCGGCUUCUGUGCUGCUGCUUGCUGGAGCCCAGGCCUCUGGUUGGUUGGGAAUUAAAGCCUGGUUCAAAGUUGCUCCAGACACGAGUUUGAGCCCGUCCCAGUCAUGGGUGGAAGCUCUUCAGGCUGGCACACAAGGGACGUGGUGGCGGCACCAGGACCUUGGUUUUGUGUGGUUUCUCAAGGAUUACCUCGUGGGAGACUGGGUUUAGUGUGUCACAGCACGAGCCAUGUGGGAUGGUCAGAGCAGGCUACCUGCCUACACUGCAUGGUGGCUUAUGUCCCACUCAUGUCCUGUUAUUUUCUGUAUUUUGGAACCAAAGGUAUGGUCUUGGACCUGCAUUACUUGAGCAGCAUGAGUGUCUCUCCUGGGAGAGUUGCUUUCUGUGCACUCACAGAUUGUAGAUGGAUGGGGUGCUCAGCAGAGGACAGCUGGACUGCUACCCAGGACCAGAGCUGUGUGUGGCCAGUAGUUCUGGCCAGACCAGUGAGCAGCAAAGAACUCCCCAAACAAGUCUAAUUUAUUUUCUCUUCCACAUUUCCUCUUUGCCUCCCUCAUCCUCUACAAGUGGAGCAGCAGGCAGUUAGGGCUGUUCCCACUCUCCCAGGGUCUCCCUGCAGCCUCUGCUCCAGCCCGGCCUGAGGGGAGCUCUGUGGUCAGGAAAACCCUGACUUCUCAGUAGUAUAGGCUGCUGUUCUCAAUGAUAAAUAAUAAAAUUUCAGUAGAAAACA